CCGGUGACAGAAAUGAAGCUUCUGUUGGUAAUUACCUUGCUGGUGGCUGCUGUUGCAGCCUCUGCUAUUCCCGAGCGUGACACACGUGUCGUUGGAGGUGCCAUCGCGGCCUUAGGGCAGUUUCCCUACAGCGUCGGUUUGCUCACCAGGAUCAAUGUAAUUUUCGGAAGUAUGUGCUCCGGCUCAUUAGUCUCUACCCGAUUCAUACUCACCUCCGCUAACUGCGUUAAUGGGAUCCAGAGCGCCGUUGCCGUGAUGGGAGGUCUCCGAAUUCACGAUUCCACCGAACCAGGCCAAUACCGUGUGACCGUAACACAAUUUAUAAUACACCGUGGCUUCGAAGAGGAUUCGGACAGCUAUGAUGUGGCUCUGGUGGAGCUACCAUUCCCGGUUACCGAGAGUGAAAGGAUACGCCCGGUACGGCUGCCAAAUCGUCGCCAAAUUCAAGCAUCUUUCAAUGGACAGCAGGGAACCUUCAUGGGUUGGGGACGGUUCGGGGAGGGCAAUUCACUUUCCGAUGUGCUGCGGUUCGGAAGAUCUCAGGUUAUCAGCAAUCUGGCAUGCCGGGUGAGCUUACCAACAAGUCAGAUUCUCGAUGCACACAUCUGCACGGCGGGAUUCUCGCAAAAUCCUAUCCAGGGUUCACCCUGUCCGGGCGAUAGCGGCUCUCCGCUAACCAUUGUGGAUGCUGACGGGAUCACCACUCAGAUUGGAGUUUUCUCGUACAAUUCGGUGCUGGGUUGCGAUAGUGGGCGUGCCGCUGUUUUCACCCGCAUGUCAGCCUAUCUCGACUGGAUCGGGGAGAAUUCCGAUGUGGUGAUAAGGGAUGAUUUUUAGAACUUGAUUUUUAGUCAGCUGAUAAGUGGCACGAAAAUAAAUUGUUAUCAUUUUUUUUUUGUAUUACUCUUUUAUAAAGAUUAAAUGAUAAUUCUGAAGAA